AUGGCGCAAAGCAAGCUCAGCCCUCUGGUGCCUCGGCGCCAGAUGGCACUUAUCAUAUGCCUUAUUCUGGUAUCAGUAAUCGAUUCAGUCCUCGUUGGGUACAACUCCUCUCUGAUGGGAAGCUUGAAUGUCAUGCCGUCCUACACCAACUACUUUUCUCUCACCACGGCAACCAAAUCGCUCAACACGGCGAUCUCUUAUACCGGCGGAGCUACAGCUUCUCUCUUCGCUGGCUUCAUCGUGGACUGGCGCGGGCGUCGCGAGACCAUAUUCUGGGCUGCUCUCAUCGCCCUCGUCGGCGGUGUCAUCCAGGGCGCUGCGCAGAACAUCGGCAUGUUUAUCGCAGGCAGAUUCAUCGUGGGUAUGGGCAUGGCGUUCGCUCAGGUAGCCGCUCCCACCCUUGUCGCUGAAACUACACCAGUCAAGUACCGUGGCUUCGCACUUGGACUGUACUACGCUUGCUGGGGUGUCGGCACGUUGAUUGCCAGCGGCGUCUGCUACGGCACGCAGAACAUUGCUACGACAUGGGCAUGGCGCAUCCCUUCACUAUUACAAGCUGCUCCAUCCGUCUUUGCGGUGUUGAUCCUCUUGUUCGUCCCAGAGUCCCCUCGAUGGCUUAUAUCUCGUGACCGCCACGAAGAAGCCAUCGAGAUCUUGACCAUCGCCAAUGGCUCCUCCGUCGAGGACGUGCAAGUCCAGUACCGCGAAAUCGUCGACACCAUCGCCUUCGAAAAGCAACGCAACCUCUCCCUCCCCAAGGCGCUGAGCACCAAAGCCAACCGCCGCCGGCUCCUCAUCACCUCCACCUUCUCCAUCAUCGUCAUGCUUCCCGGCACCAACAUCGUCACCUUUUACUUCGGCGACAUGAUGGCCGGCGCAGGCAUCGAGUCCCCCAACACCCAACUCCAGAUCAACAUCAUCCUCACCUCCUGGACACUCAUCAUCGCCGUCGCCGCAUCCUGGUUCGCCGACAAGCUAGGCCGCAAGACACUCUGCUCGCUCUCACUCAUCGGGCAGAUCAUCACGCUGUUCCUGCUGGGAGGCCUCACCAAGCUGUACGGCACCUCGACCAACGACUCGGGCAUCUACGGUACCCUCGCCAUGAUAUUCCUGUACAACGCCACGUACGCCUGGGGCAUCACGCCCUUGACAGUGCUGUACCCGCCCGAGGUCCUCUCCUUCGACAUCCGCGCCGUCGGCAUGGGCAUCUACACCUUCACGACCAAGCUGUGCGGGCUCUUCGUGGCGAUGGUCGUGCCCUUCGGCCUGGCAGGCAUCGGAUACCAGUUCUACUUCGUGAACGCGUGCGCGGACGUGCUGAUGGUGGUCUUCGUCAUUUUCGUCUGGGUCGAGACCAGGGGUUUGACGCUGGAGGAGGUGGAUCGGUUGUUUGACGGGGAGAAGAGAGAGGUGGUGCGAGAGUUGGUCAAGGAGGAGGUGGGUGUUGAUAUUGAGGUGGAACGGCAUGCGAGUGUUAGUCCCAGUGUGGCUAAGGAAGCUGUGACGCCUACGAAGCUCUAA